UCUGUGGUUACAACAUACGUUACUGUCUUCACACUACUGUGGUAGAGGUUAGGUUUAUUUAUUGAUAAACAAAAAUCAUAGAUAAAUAAUAUAUAACAAAAAUCACCUCUCUUCCUCUCUAUACAGUAUUACAGUCAUAGAUAAGAUAAAAAAUAAAUGUACUACUCAAAUUCUAGUAUUUAAAAUUAUGGAAGAGGAUCCAGGACCUCCAACAAUAGAGGAAGACUUUUAUUCUGAGGACGAAAAUGACCAAGAAGAUGGAAAAACUAAAAAAGGAUCUAAGAAAGAUCCCAGCAAACUACCAGCUCACUUAAAAGGACUGAUGGGAGAGGCCAACCUGCGUUAUGCCAGAGGAGAUUUGGAAACAGCAAAGAAAAUGUGCUUCGAAGUCAUAAGGCAGGCACCUGAUUCCUACGAACCGUAUUUAACUUUAUCACAGAUGUACGAAACCACUAACCAAAAGAAGUACAAAGCUUAUCUAAUGCUGGCUAGUCACCUUGCUCCUACAAGUAUAGCUACGACCUGUAGAUUGGCUGAAUUGUGCAUACAAGAUGGAGAAACCGAAGAAGCAAUUAAAUGUUACUCUCGAAGUAUCAAGUAUAAUCUUACUAAUUUCUUUUUACACAAAAAGAGGUUGGAACUGUUAGAACAAAAAUGUGAUUCAAAGAGUGCCAUCGUUGCGAAGCAAACAAUGGCAAAUCAUAUAGACAAGAAACAUGCCGAUAUAAUUCUUAAUCUUAGUAUGGAGGUAGCAAAGGAACACUACAAAAACAAAAGCUAUAUCCGAGCCAUAGAAGUUUUGAAAAUACCCAUAAAAAGGAUUCCAGAAAAAGUUACCCAAGAUGUUGUAAAUGUCAUGUUGGAAUUGCUACUCAUUAACGAACGAUAUUCUGAUUGCUUAGACAUGUUCACACAGUUUUGCGGGUUUACUUUCGAUUUAUACCUAACUGAUGAUAAUUCCAUAGUGAUGAAUUCGUAUGAGGUGCCAGAGAAUCUUCCGAUAGAUCUUAAGAUAAAAUUUAUCGUAUGUUUGGUAAAGUUAAGGUGUGAAAAUCUGUUUUCUCCACUCUUAGAUAAAAUGCUCAUUGAAAUGGAUGUUGAAACUUGUGGAGACCUCUACCUGGAUGUUGUAGAGGCUUUGAUGACUGUGGGAUACUUUAUGGGUGCCCUCAAGUUAUUAGUGCCUUUGGUCAAGAGUAAAAACUAUUCCCUGGCAGCUGUUUGGUUAAAAUACGCAGAGUGUUUAGCUUCUUGUGAUAUGAUAGAGCAAGCCAUCGAUUCCUACUACACAGUGAAAGAACUAGCUCCAGGUCACGUUGAAGUAUUAUAUCCUCUAGCCAUGUUGUUGCUAAAACAAAACCAAAGAGAAGAGGCUCUGAAAGUGAUGUCGCAAGAUUUUAGCGCUAAUAAAUUAGAUGUAGCUGUUCUAUUGGAACAGAUGAAGCUAUUGAAACAGAUCAACAAUUGGGAAUCCUACUGGAAAUGCAUGGAAUUGUUAAUGUCUCGACAUUGUCCGGUACUCAAACAUCCCGAAGAGUUGAAGAUACUGCUAACCAAAGAGAGGCCUCCUGAAAAGCUAGCUAAAUUGAGAAAGAUGAGAAAUUUCAGGAAUGAUAGUACGAGUGUUGAAAGUAAUUUUACGGUUAUUAAAGAGCUUAGUUUAGAAGAAGACUAUGACAUUUAUAAGAAUAUUUUACAGUUAUCCAUAGAUAGAAGAGAAUAUUGUUAUUUGCAGAAAUUCACUUUUAUGGGCUUGGCGUCAAAGAGGUUUCAAAAAUAUUUCUCGGAAGUCAACAUCAUGGCGGCUUUCUCAUGUUUAUUGACUAACGACUGCUUCCAUGGGUACAACUUGUUAAGAGAAACCCUCAUGAGAUAUUCAAAUAACAAUCUGGCUUGGAACUGGUUCGGCAUUGUAACAGCUACGCAGGAGGAGCUGCGUUUUGCCAGAUUCUUGGAAAGAUUUGGUGGCAGCUUGCCAAUAGACAAUCGCAGAAUUAUCAUAGCCAAUCACCAUUUGUCCAUGGGAAAUUACAUUAACACCAUCAAUUUUUACCUGAAGAGAUACAAGCAAACCAACUCAGUCUUUGCGGCGUUCAUGUUAGCUGUAGCGAUGUUGCAGCAUUAUCAUCAUAAAAGCUUGGAUAAAGCGAAGAAACAAUCCAUGGCCGAGAUAGUGUCUUACCUCUUUCUGAAUUAUGCCAAGCAAAGAAACAAAAUGGCUGAGCAGGAAGUGUAUUAUAAUUUGGGAAGGAUGUAUCAUCAGUUGGGCGUUAUGUAUUUAGCUGAGUUUUAUUAUAAGAAGGUUUUCAAAGUGGACAAUUCCUAUUUGGAGCAAUAUCCUGAAAUUGUUUCUCUGAAGAGAGAAGCUGCCUUUAAUUUACACAUUAUUUAUAAAAAUAGUGAAAACUUUAUAGCAGCUCGAAACAUUUUGUAUGAACAUAUUGUGAUAUAGUUUAUAAGAUUGUUUUUAAUUAAAAAAUAUUUCGUAUUUUA